AUGGAAACAGCACCAAAAUUGGACGGAGAUGCGGCACCUGUUCAUGUUGAGCUUCAGCGAAAGAACCCCCAGCUCAACCGCAUCAACAAUAUUCUGACAGAAACCAGCAUAUCACUUUCACAGAACACCAUGAAGAUCGCAGCUCUCGCCGCCACCUUCGCCCUGGCCCUUGUCCCCAGCGUGUCCGCCUGGCGCGUGUACUUUUAUCAGCUCAAGGAGGAACAGGGUCCAUCUAUCACUAAUGGCGGACCUGGAAAUCCCGGAUUCAAGUGCUUCCCCAACGUCGACCCUCUCAACCAGAAGAUUUCGUCGAUGAGGUACUACUCGGACAAUCCGGAGGGCACCACCCGCUGCUGUAUCAAAUUCUACGACAGCCCCGGCUGCAAGGGCGACUUUGGCUAUGAGUUCUGCCGCAACCAGUUCCUCAAUUUUGCCGACAUUGGCCAUGACAAUGAUGUGAGCUCCUACUCGACCAACUGCGUCAGGAUUUGA